CUGUCAUUUGAAACUGAACAAAACGUAGUUUCAAGUUUUGUUUGAUGGUGUGAACAGGUAGAUUGGGGUAGAACUUCAUUUUACACCUGUCAUAGACAUUUAAUCGUGAACGUUUGCCGAAUAUUUUUUCUCGACAUCGUAAUCCUAACCAUUUUAACUACUGACGUUUCCUGUAUCAUUUUGCAAUGCAUAAAAGAAUGUACAACGAACAUCGAGAACUGCUAGCAGCCCUAAAUCAAUUUGCCAACAUUCGUUACGUAGCUUACCGCACAGCCGCAAAACUGAAAUUUAUUCAAUCACAAACAAAAUUAGACUGCAUUAAACUCACUCAAAUCUUUCGAAUUAUUGAUGAGUUUGGCUUGAGAUCAUCAGAAAAAGACUUGAUACUCACUAUGGAUGAGAUUAGACAGAUGGUUUUAAACAUUUACUUUUUGGCGCAGAAGUCUCAGUUAGUUCAUCUAGACUACAAGGUUUCUUCUAGAAUUGUUUUAGAUUUGAUAAGUGAAACAUUUGACAAAAGUUGUCGAAAGAAAGGAUGCACUCUGCUAGAUUUUUUGGUGUUUUUCACCAUUCUUUGUGGAGAGACUACUCUAGGAGAAAAAUAUAGAAGACUCUUGCAUCUUAUUUCAGACCAUAACAACUGCAUUCAGAGGCGCAGUCUAGCUCUACUGCUUAAAUCUAUUGCCAGCCUAGCUCAUUUGGUCAAUGAAGCACCUGCUUUUGGACAUUGGACUGUAUUGGCUGCUGUUCAGCAGUGUUUUGAACAGUGUGAAAGCCCUGUUGGUGUGCCAGAAGAUGUUGUCUUUGGUUGGAUGGUUCGUGAACCCCAGUCUUUAGUCUGGUGGUCCACCCUUUAUAGAAUCAAUGCAUCAAAUAAAGUUAUCCACCCAGUUCGUUGCUCAGUUUGCAAUAUUCAGUCCAUUCAAGGGCUACGUUACCAAUGCUUGCAAUGCCUCUCAUACAAUCAAUGCCAACAGUGUUUCUGGCUUGGGUUGAUCAGCAAAAAUCACAAAGUGACUCAUCAGAUGCAAGAAUAUUGCACAAAGACCACAUCAAAAGAAGCCACACAAGCACUUUGGAAAAAGAUGAGUAAUUGGCUAACUCUAAAAAAGAAUCGUUCUCCUUCUGCGCGCUAUCUUCCCUUGGAGAAAGGUCACCAGUUUAAGUCGUCCGAAAUGUCACUUUUCAGUGAGCAACUUGGUGACAGCCAAAGUACGGUCACAGAAAACACAGUCACUUAUCAGUUGGGCCAUCAACCACGAGAAAUCGCUAGUGUGGUUGGUCAUCUAAUGGAAGGAAAGGGGAAACUUGAGUGCGUUGUACAACAGAGUGAUUUCGCCAACAGUUUGGGCCCAGUCGUAAAAGAACAUUGCGAUCAACUUGAACUACAGCUACGACGACUGCGUCAGUUAGUUGCCCAGAAAGAAGCGCCAAAAGAUAACCUUUUGCCUCAUGUACCACGAAUGCUUACUCGCCUCGAGAGCACCCCUGUGUUACCCAGUCAACAACGGAAGAACGAACUUGAACAACUCAAUUUUAGCCCAAUCGACGAACCCAAAAGCAUUAUGCAGCGCACCGCCCGUGAAAGACAAAGCUUGCGCACUCCUUCAGUUAAGGCAAAUAUUGUCACCAAUGGAACUUUGAAUUAUUGCACGCCGCGCUUACAGAGGAAGACUACAGAUAAUGGUAUUAGCAACAGCAAAAACUACAACGGAACCGUAGAGAGCGUACCACGCUUUGCAACCGACUUUAGCCUGCGGGAUUUGAGCCGCAACCUACAGCAGCCUACAGCCCCCAGUGGUCUAGCGCAAUCAUCAUCUUCAACUGUAGAUUCACAGCUAAAUGCUGAACUAGAAGAAAUCUUGGCUCAGCUUGAUCAGCUUUUCCCAUCUCAGCCAUUCAAUGGUGUUCCUUGUUCUGCAGUGGCGCGUUGUGCAGCGGUACACCCUCCACCUGAAAAUGCAACUCUUGUUAGAGCUACCAAUCAAGUAGCCGGAGUCUUAGCAGAAUUUGUUGAUGGGUUUAAUGAAUGAAAUGCAUUAAUUACUGCACACUCAAUUUGAGUGUUAUGUGAAUUUUUUCGUUUUGUAUGACUUUGAUUUCAGUUAAAAGUCACAUUUAUGUAUUUGUGUCGUGUCGAACUGCAUCCUGCCAAACUAGUUUCAUACCAUGACAAUCGUGAGCCUGAGACAAUUUCAAAUUUUCUGUCGUAAACAAAAACAAUCAAUUGCUGUGCUAUGUUAUAUUUGAGAUUUCAAACUUUCAAUACAAUCUCUCGUUAAUUUUGGA